AUGGCCCGCGGCUCCAGUGCGCUGCCCCUUGUCCUGCUGGCCCUUGCGGCCCUCUUCGUGGCCCCGGCCUUCGUGCCGUCCCCGGCUCCUCGUGCGGCACCUGAAGCCAGCACCGCUGCCCUGGUGGCCGGCGCCGCGCUGCCACUGCUCACGGCCCAGCCUGCAAUGGCCGAGGACUACAUGAUGCCUCCUAGCUGGCCCUUCCUCGUGGUCUUCGCGGGCGGAGCCUUCCUCCUCCUGGGCGCCGGAAACUUCAUCUUCCCUGGCGAGAAGAAGUGA